UUGAAUAAGUAUACCAUCAUUCAGAUAGAUUGCUAUUCUAGGGAGGCCAUAAUACGUGCAAGUGUGCAACCUUUUUCUUGGCUUGCAGAGGCAAGGUGAGUAUAGUCUGGUGAGCAUUUCGAGCUUGCAUUGAGAUUAUGGAUUUACUUUCUUACAGGUCUAAAGAAUUGUUAUUGAAUAUUAAUGACAUUAUUGGAAGUGGGUGGAGAGAGAUAAUAAUAAUUAAAAAACAAAAAAAAAAAAAAAGAAGAUAAAAUGUUAUGAUAAAGAAAGAUAUAUAAUUGAUGUAAUGGAGGGAUGCAAGGGGGAUUUUUUUAUUUUUUUUUUUAUUAUUUUUUUUAUACCAUUAGCUUUUAAUUAAAAGGAAAGAGAGUAAUGUGAAGUUUAUUUGUUUGUGAUGGGGGGAGUAUAUGCCAUGUUCUGUUUGCUAAAACUCUAAGAGUGCUGAAUACAUCUCUACAAUUGCAAUUAAUUUUUUUUGUUCUUCUGUGAAUCUGGUAUGAGUGAAUCACAUUUGAGUUACAUUGUAUCUACCAGUUAUCUUUUGUUUCCUAAUUUUCAAUAUUUCAUUGACUAAACAGUAAGAUCUCUUCCUUAUUGAGCAUAUAGGGCUUUUGUAUAUACCAUGGAAUAUGCCUAGAUGCUUUGAAUUGUUUCAUAUAUUUAUGCUUUCCCAAUUCGGUUGCCUUGUACUUUAUCCCUAUUUGCAAACUUUUGCUACAACUUUCACUCUCUCAUUCGCUAUUGAGAAUUGUAGGUUGGAUCUGAUCGCUAAGUGGUAUGUGCUUCUUUCCCCUGCUGUACUGCAAAUAUCAUUGGUGAUGCUAGUAUUGUUAUUUGCAUUGUUAUGAAUCUCGUUGUGUUGUACUUGAUCCGAAAUUAAUCAACCAGCAUGUGUGUCUAAUUGCCUCACUACUCUAUUAGAGAUUAUCUCUUACUCUUGUGUCAUUUUUGUUUACAUCUUUGGGUUGUUGUAUAUUCUUCUGUUACUCAUGUUGCUGAAGUUUUGGAUAUAUGAUUAAUAGUCAAGCUUCUUAUUAUAUGUUCCUAUAGACAAUAAAUGUAAUUAAAAUGACAUUCUCUAUAGAAAGCUCAGAUAUGUUUCAUAUGUGGAACUAUCUCCUGCCACACCAAUGUAAGUAUGCUUUCAUAUUUUGGUGAACCUUUUCAAUCUACUUUUAUCAAACAUCCUCGUAGAAUUCUCAGCUACAAAAGCAGCAGAAUACCAGGGUUCUAGAAAGAGUGUCUGGAGAAGCAACAAAAUUGUUUUGUUUCUUUUUGUCUUUAUUUAUAAAUUUUUGUUUUCUUUCUAACAGUUUUUGUUUUCUUUCUAACAACUUUUGUUUACAUAAUACAGCUUCAAAGAUGAUUUUGAAAGCUAUAUACAAGUACAUUCUUGUAAUAUGUUUCCUUCUGUCAAGUUUUGAGGCUGCUUCUCUUGAAUUUUCGAGGAAAGGUGGAUCAGGAUCUGCUGUAAAAACAUUGAAGACUGUGUACGGGGAUACAUAUGACUGUAUAGAUUUUUACAAGCAGCCAGCAUUCAAUUAUCCUCUCUUAAAAAAUCAUACUUACCACCCACAGACAAAGCCUACUGCUAGGCCUAAACAGAUCCAAAACAACAAUAUCUCUUUGAUGAUGAAUGAAAGACCAACUGACGUGUUCCGCUUAAAGGAUGGAGGCUGCCCUCCAGGGACGGUUCCCAUUAGAAGAGUUAAUGAAAAAGAUGACCUUUUACAAACCAAUGUGCUUCCACACCAGUCUGUGGAAGGGGUGAAUCCCAAUCGUGGAACUGGAUACAUAUCUGGAACUGUUUAUGCACUUGGUCAAACAAAAAGCAAUCCCUCGAAGAGUUAUUAUGGAGUUGGUGGUGUUUUUAGUGUUUACAACCCAAGAGCUCUACCAUCCCAGUACAGUUCAGCAGAAAUCAUUCUCAGGGGUAGUAGUGAUUCCAUAAUUGCUGGGUGGACAAAAUUACAGGAGCAGUUUUUUCCUUUUGCUUGUUUCCCUGGUUUAUCCAUCCAAGUACAAAGACAACCGGACAAGGUUCUUUAUAUAUGCAGUUGCAGGUGAUUUACGCUGUUUCAGUUCUGAAUGCGGGUACGUCAUUGUCAGAUCGGAUAUCCCUAUAGACUUUGCCUUUCACCCAAUAUCAAAAAAGGGAGAAAAAGUUUACAUAAACAAGUUUUUUGU